GCCAUGAUGGGCGCGCUUCAAUUGAUCCUCUUACUGUUGGCAUCGUCACGCUAUCUCGUACAGCCCAUCGAUGGUGCUAUUCGCGGUGAGAAGCCGACCAGUGACGAGGAGACGCAGAAUCGGAAUAAUGUCCUUUCUUCGGUAACUGCAUCUGUCAAGGAUGUCCUGGCGCAGACUGGCGGCAACGCUAUGCUACCCUGUAGAUUCACUGGUCCUGGAAUAGUAACUUGGAUCAGAAGAAAGGACAGACAACUUUUGACAGUGGGUAGAGGCACUCAUGCAAUCGACACGCGAUUCGUGGUCGUCUCCAAUAGUCCAGAUUGGAAUUUGUUAAUCAAGAAUGUUAAACACGACGAUGCUGGCCUUUACGAGUGCCAGAUACAAACGGAGCCAGUUCAGCAACGAUUCAUUCGCCUGAGUAUCACAGAGGCGUACUCGUUAAUUCCCGGAGGACCGGACCUUCACGUUAAGCAAGGGUCCAGCCUCCGACUGGAGUGUCAACUGAUGGCAUCCACAGAGGCGCCCAGCUUCAUUUUCUGGUAUCGCGAGGGUCGCAUGAUCAACUACGACGACGAGCCGGGGGUUCGAGUAGAGGCGACGAAAAACGGCUCGAUUCUCGUGGUCGACAAAGUGAAACGCUCCCACGGUGCCAAUUACACUUGUUCGCCGAGCAACGCCAAGCCAGCGUAUAUCAUGAUCCACGUGAUCGAAGAAGAGGAAAAACCGGCGGCCAUGCACGGCGGUGAUCGGCGAAACGCUACGUCGAAAGCGUCCACCAACAUCACGUUGAUUUUUCUCACUUUUCUCGGUUUACGGAUCUCGAAUCGACUUUAUUCUAGGCAAGCCUCCGUCACGUGACCAGCCCACCGUGUCGACUUUCUCAUCGAAUUAAUACCCACGGAAUUCCGAAUAAUUUCCACUCGACUCUCCUUUCUCUCUCUCCGCCUUCCCUUUUGCAACCGUACACACCUGAUCUGUAUUUACCUAACAUCGCCGGUUAGGUAAUUCGCU